AAGGCAAGCCGGAACACAGAGUGAGUCGCCAUGGCGGCAGGAGUGGCUGCAUGGCUUCCCUUUGCACGGGCAGCAGCUAUUGGCUGGAUGCCUGUGGCCAACUGCCCCAUGCCCAUUGCUCCUAGAGACCACAGAAAGAGACAUGACGAGCUGAUCAUCCUGAACGUGAGUGGACGACGCUUCCAGACCUGGAGGACCACACUGGACCGCUACCCAGACACCCUGCUGGGAAGCUCAGAGAAACAGUUUUUUUACGAUGAGGAGACAAAGGAGUACUUUUUCGACCGGGACCCAGACUCCUUCCGCAGCAUUCUCAACUUCUACCGGACGGGAAAGUUGCACUAUCCUCGCUACGAGUGCAUCUCGGCCUAUGACGAAGAGCUAACUUUCUUCGGCAUCAUUCCGGAGAUCAUUGGCGACUGCUGCUACGAAGAGUACAAGGACCGGAAGCGGGAGAACGCUGAGCGUCUCCAGGAUGACCAGGAUGACAACAAGGACUGCAAGCUGCCCAACAUGACAUACAGAGAGACCAUGUGGAGGGCCUUUGAGAACCCUCACACCUCCACCAUGGCCCUUGUGUUCUACUAUGUCACUGGCUUCUUCAUCGCCAUCUCAGUCCUGACCAACGUGAUAGAGACGGUACCUUGCGGUGCCACGCCUUCACAGAAGGAUAUGCCGUGUGGCGAGCGCUAUACCAUCGCCUUCUUCUGCAUGGACACAGCCUGCGUCCUCAUCUUCACCGUGGAGUACCUCAUGAGACUGUUCGCCGCACCCAGCCGCUACCAAUUUAUGCGCAGUGUGAUGAGCAUCAUAGACGUGGUAGCCAUCUUUCCCUACUACAUCGGCCUGGUGAUGACUGACAAUGAGGAUGUGAGCGGGGCCUUCGUCACGCUCAGAGUGUUCCGUGUGUUCCGCAUCUUCAAGUUCUCCCGCCACUCGCAGGGCCUCAGGAUCCUGGGGUACACGCUGAAGAGCUGCGCCUCCGAGCUGGGCUUCCUCCUCUUCUCCCUCACCAUGGCCAUCAUCAUCUUCGCCACGGUCAUGUUCUACGCAGAGAAGGGGUCGUCGUCGACCAAGUUCACCAGCAUUCCAGCCUCCUUCUGGUACACCAUAGUCACAAUGACCACGUUGGGGUAA